GGAUCUGUCGCACACACACACACACACACACACACACACAAGUGGAGGGUGAUAGAGAAAAAUGGCGAAUCUCGUGGAGGCUACAACCCAACAGCAGUUUGAAGCCAUCGUAGCUAAAGCCGGGAAAUGCCUGACCGUGGUGCACUUCCAGGCGGCGUGGGCUCCUCAGUGCGGCCAGAUGAACGAGGUGAUGGCCGAGCUGGCCAAGGAGCACACGCACACCACGUUUGUCAAGCUGGAGGCGGAAGCGGUGCCGGAGGUGUCGGAGAAGUAUGAGAUCGCCUCCGUGCCCACUUUUCUUUUCUUCAAGGGUGGAGAGAAGGUGGACCGCAUGGACGGGGCCCAUGCUCCCGAGCUGACCAAGAAGGUGCAGCGCUUGGCGGUCACCGGGAGUCCGGUGGGGGCUGCAGAGAGCUCCACCACAGACCUGAACCAGCGGCUGAAGAAGCUGAUCAACGCGGCCCCCUGCAUGCUCUUCAUGAAGGGGUCCUCACAGGAGCCCCGCUGCGGCUUCAGCCGGCAGAUAGUGGCCCUGCUGAAGGAGCACAACAUCCAGUACAGCAGCUUCGACAUCCUAUCCGACGAGGAGGUCCGACAGGGGUUGAAGACCUACUCCAACUGGCCCACAUACCCUCAGCUGUAUGCGAAUGGAGAGCUGGUGGGAGGGCUGGACAUAGUGAAGGAGCUGGCUGAGUCUGGGGAGCUGGAGAACACCUGCCCGAAGGCUGUCACCUUGGAGCACCGCCUGAAGACCACCAUCAACCAGAGCCCUGUCAUGCUCUUCAUAAAGGGCAACAAAGAGGCCGCAAGAUGUGGCUUCAGCAGGCAGACACUGGAGAUCAUGAACAGCACCGGGGUUGAUUAUGACACCUUCGACAUCCUGCAGGAUGAAGAGGUCCGGCAGGGGCUCAAGACGUACUCUAACUGGCCAACCUACCCCCAGCUUUAUGUGAAAGGAGAGCUGAUCGGAGGUUUGGACAUUAUCAAGGAGCUGCUGGAGAGUGGAGACCUGGUGUCAGUGCUAAAGGGGGAAGCAUAAGAAGAAGAAGAAGGAUUUGCCAUGUUGUGAAACAAGUGGGAACAAGAAGCUACUGCACAUGCCCAGAUCAGCCAUAAAGAAGUGAUGUAACAUUACGUGGAGGGUCAGGAAGAUGAAGAUUCACUUAUGUUCACUUAUUUGGACACUUCAUGUUGUAUCAAAAGUUCAGAUUCUUGAAAGUCUUAAGAAAUGACUUAGGCUCGACCUAAUUUUAUAAAUUCCUGCCCAACAGAGGACUGGUGUCAACGUUCUGGGUUUCACACGUCCUCCCGACCGCUUGGUUUAUUUGACAGCAGGUGCAGCCUCUUGACUUUUCAUGCCAAUCCUUCUCCACACUUUUCUUCACCUGACGGGACAUUUAACUAUAUCCAAAUAAAUAUAUUUCUGGUUUAAAUACUUAGAACUAACUCUAUGCUGCACUUAUAACUGUUCAUCAAUAACACGAUUAAACAGUAUAAAGAUUCA